AUGAAGGGCUACUUGACUACUUCCGCCUUGGCUUUCUGCGCUUCCGCUGGCACCAAAAAAAUCCGUGGAGUUGUUGAGCCGAUCGUUGGUGGCUCCAUCUUGGGCGGCCCCAUGAUCGGUGGCCCCGUGAUUGGCGGCCCCAUGGUCGAACCCUUCAUUUGGGAACGCCCCGCCACGAUCAUCGAACGCCCCCAGAUCAUCGAACGCCCCCAGAUACUCGAGAGACCCACCUUCGUGGAACGCCCUCAGAUCAUCGAACGUCCUCAGAUUAUUGAGCGCGUCCCACACGUUAUCGAAUUGGAGCAGCCCAUGACCCAGAUCAUCGAACGCCCCCAGAUACUCGAGAGACCUACCUUCGUGGAACGCCCUCAGAUCAUUGAACGCCCUCAGUUCAUUGAACGCCCUCAGUUCAUUGAACAACGCCCCAUCGUCACGGAGACUACUCAGCGCGAGUUCAUAGAACACGCCCCCAUUGUCGAGCAUCUCAUUGAGCGCCCCAUCAUUGAGACCAGAAUCGAGAGACCCGUGUUCGAAACUAGAAUUGAACGCCCGAUCAUCGAGGAGAGGACGGACACGCUGAUCACCCACCCCACCUUCGAGUUUGAACUCCCUCAGCUUGUCGAGCGCCCCCAGAUCAUCGAGCGUCCUCAGAUAAUCGAACGCCCGCAGAUUAUUGAGCGCCCUCAGAUCUACGAGUACGUUCCCCAGUACAUCGACCAGGCCGUUCCCCAGUUCGUGGACCAGUACGUGCCGGCUAGCUCCGUCCACGGACGCUGGGCGGCCCUGCCUGGCGCCGUGAGCGAGUGGGACUUCCCUCGCACGCAGUUCCUCGCUUCCGUUGACGAGGUGGAGGAGACCGGAAACGAACUCCAGGCGCGUUUGGUUGAAGACGUCCUCGGGCGCGAGCUUGUGACCACUUCGGACUUAGUCCGCGGUGUUCCUCUGGACAUUUUCCGCACUGACUACGCCACGGCUCUGGGUUCGCCCGUCGGUGUUGACGAUCUUGCCGUCCGCACCGGUCUGACUAUCCGUCCCGAGCUCGCCCUGCGUCCUGAAUUGGCUCUCCGCCCGGAAGUCAUCCGCCGUGGUGCCCCCCUUGCCCUCAGGACUGACAGACUCCGUAGCGACCGACUUGGUGUGGACAGACUGGGCGUCGUCGACCGUGUGGGCGUCGAUCGUCUCGGUGUGGACAGACUUGGCGGCGGGCUCCGCGUCGAUGAACUCGCACUCCGUGAUGCUUACGUCGAUGCCGCUCUCAGGGAGAACCUCCUGAACGAUAAGCUCGUCCGGGAAGUGGAACGCCCGCGCCGUGUCUGGGACCGUGAGACCGUGGUUGACCUGCUUUCCGAGCAGGGCGAAGGUAUGGAAGCCCCCAAGGACACCGCUGAACCUGCCGUCGUAGAGGAGGUGGUCGCUGAAACCGAACAAUAG